AUGGAACCUAAGAAGAAGCGGAACACUCCUUCACACUCCAAAUCAUCAUCGACGGCCAAGAACACAAUCGCAAGUGGCGGAGCACCACCGUAUACCAGUUCUAACGACAAUCUUCCUGAAGAGCAGAUUAAUGCAGAACAGCUCGAUAAUGAUGCGAUCAAGGCUGAAUGUGAACUGGCGAUCGCUGCUCUUGGCCAAAGAAACCUAACCGAAGCCCUGAAACUCAUCAACGACGCAUGCCUUCACUACGAAAAUUCCGCUCUCGUACACCACACUCGAGCCUCUAUAUACACCAGAAUCGCUGCUCAAAUCGAAGAUUAUGACGCUUAUCAAGAACACUUGAAGAAUGCUCUCGAGUCUGCGAAGAAAGCCAUCUCGAUCUCACCCCACUCAAUAAAGUUCUCGCAUACGCACGCGAGUUUGCUCUUUCGAUUGUCAAGCAACGUUGAAGAUUACGAAGAAGUUGUGAAAGAAUGUGAGCGAGCCUUAUCGUUGUUUAAUUUACCGCGUGUUGAAAAAAGCUCACAAGAGCAGCUUGAAUUUAUAAAAGAAGAAUUGAAGUCGAUUCUUGAUAAAGCAAAGAUUGGAUUGAUGGUGGUCACUGGGACGAAGAAUGUCGGAACUGCUGAUGGCGGGGAGGAGGGGUCUGUGUUUAAAGAGGAUCCAAUGUUAACAAACAUUAAGAAGGCGAACAAGACUAUUGAAGAGAAGAGGAAGGAAAUCAUGGCACUUUUGCAGGAAAGGCCUAAGACGGUUCCAUCCCAAAAUAUUGAUGAUGAUGCUUUUGGGUUAACUGGACCAAAGCUGAUUGGCAAACUCCAAGUCAGAAAAAGAAAUUCUACUUUGAAGAAGAUCAUGUUGAACGCUGGCAAGAUUGGUAAGGUUCUGGAGUUUUGGACCUCUAUGAGUGUGGAGGAAAAGACAGGGUUGCUCAGACCAAGAAUUAAUGAUUGUAAGAUGUAUUGUGCUAGACUCAAAGGUGUUUUGGCAGCAGAGGAUUUGCUGGGCGGUAUUUGUUAUGCUGAGGUGGCUCAAACUUGGAAGUACUGGGACUGUUGCGUGUGUGGACAGGUAUUUAUGCAUAUGGACUCGUUUAUUGGUCAUCUAAAGCAGAGGCAUUUGGGGCCCCUAUUAGCAAAGUUGCAAGAAUUCCUGCCUCAACAGAUUGAUACUCGUAUGGUGGAGAUGCUAGAGGAUGGUCCGUGGAAGCCCGUGGAUACUGCUGAGGCAGUGAGAAUCAUUAAAAAUCAGUCAAAAGACCCGGAUGAUAAGAAUUGGCCAUUUUCUGAUGAUUCUGAGCGUGCAGAUAUCCUUCAAAAAAUCCAUAGCAGGCUCCAGGUGCAUCUGCGACAUAAAUGGGUUGCUCUGAGCCAUCUUAUGGUAGUGAAGCACUACGCUAUGAACAUGCUGCUCAGCAAUAAUAUACUUUCUGCUACACAAAUAUGGAUCCAUGGCCUGCACCGAUCACAUGUCUGCAUGUGCUUUUUGGAGGCUUCUGAGCUGAAUAACAUUCUUGAUGUAUUGCAGGCGUUGGAUUCUCAGAUGGGUUCCAUAGCUGAUGAAUGGGGUCUCAAUCAGGAAUGUGAAGCCAGAGAAAGGAUUGUGUUUUGUGGUGAAACAUUGUGUCUCAUCUUUGAUGAGAGUUUACUGCAUGGCGAGAUUACACCCUCCACAUGUCCUAAAGCUGUUGCCGAUGAUCCAUCUGCAACAACGUUUGUUGUUAGUGAUGAUGAACUUGGUGAUGCUUUUAUACGUUGGUUAUUUGCUGGUUUUACAAUUGAAGAAAAACUAGCCUCAUGGAGACGCCUAAAAGAUGUUAAGGCUCGCCGAGGGAUGAAAAUUUGUCUUAUCCUCAAGAAGAUGUUUUCUGAGAUAGAAAACUCGUGUUUGAGAAUACAAGAGCAUUUUAUCCAUGAAAAAGCAUUGGAGGAUGUUCACAGUAUUUGUGCUGAAGAACUUAAGAAAAGGGAGCAAGGAGCCAGUUACAUACCUCAAACUUUUGAGUCCCUAUUGAAAAAGCGGCAAGAAGAACUUCUUGAGAGGGACGAUGAUAACAGUAGAGCUGAACCGUAUUGUGAAGGAAAAAUUUUGGAAGAUGAAGUACCUCAAGCUAUGAAUGUAAACAAGGUUGAAUUUGAAAAACUGAUGGUUUCUACUUGUCAUUUUUGUGAGUUUGAAUGUAUGGAAACUGAUGAAUGCAUAAUGCAGGAUGACGUGCAUCAAGGAGACAAUCGGAUAAGAAAUGUAAUUGAAAAACAAUUGCGGCAGAGUGCCACAGAGAAUUUCAAAAUGAAUAUAAAUCUCCUGUGGAGUUUUGCUAGGAUGCACCAUCUGUAUUUCCAACUUGCACAAGUAUCGGUUCAUGACUACCAGCUAAUUGUAGUGCCCCUUCUGAAGUCAUUCAUGCGGUCACAAUUGGAGGAUUUGGUUCAAAAAUAUGCAACAGCGAAGACAAAUGCUGCAAGAGAAGCAUUGUUAGCAGAGCUUGAAUCUGUUGGCAGCAAGAAUCUUACCAAGGGAUGCAAUCAGGCGAAACAUAGGGAUAAGAAAAAGAAAAGAAAUUACAGAAAAGCUAAGGAUCCCAAGGUUUCUGGUGGCCAAAGGAAAGACAUGCUAAAAGGAAUGGGUACAGAACAAGCUCACUUUCCUGAUGGUGAUUACCCAGAUUCUCAGAUGCAUGUUUCUGAAAGUGCCAAUGAAAUGAUAGAGCAGGAAGAGGAACAUAGGUUUAAACUCCAACUUGAAGCAGAGGAAAGAAUGCUCGAAGAAAAUUUGGAGCGUCAGAGAAAAAUUGAGAAUGAGGCUAAACAGAAGCAGCUUUCUGGGCAAAACAAAUCAACCAAUGCAACAGCACCAGACGUGACAGAGACAUUGGUGAUUGCACCUGGAAUGCCAAACGAUUUUCCUGGUGUUCCUAUGAAUAAGUUUGAGGUAACUAAGAUGUCCUCCCUGGUUUCUAGGGAAAGGACUGAAGGGAGAAGUUGCUAUGAUGGCGAAGUUAAGCCCGCUUUUGCAUACUCAGAAACUCUUGACGGUGUUUUAUGGUCUUCCUAUCGACAGACUUGA